AUGGAUGCAAGUAGUCCAAAAUACUUUAUCACCUUUAUAGAUGAUUACUCACGAUACAUGUAUCUGUAUUUACUUUGUUUGAAGGAUGAAGCCUUAGAUGCCUUUAAACUUUUUAAGGCUGAAGUAGAGUUACAAUGUGGAAAGAAAAUUAAGAUUGUCAGAUCAGAUAAAGGUGGAGAGUACUACGGUAGAUACACGAAGAAUGGACAAGCACGCGGUCCGUUUACUAGAUUUCUUCAAGAACAUGGGAUUGUUGCCCAAUAUACCAUGCUUGGCUCUCCAGAUCAAAAUGGUGUGGCAAAAAGAAGAAAUCAAACCUUGAUGGAUAUGCGUAUUAGACAUCCAAUAAUUGAAGUUCCAAAAAUUUUUGAGAAUGGUAAUAUAGAUCAAGUUGUUGACGAGGAGCAACAAGUAAAUGUUGACCAACCAAUUGAACAACAAGCUUCUCAUCAAGAUGUUGAGACAUCAUUAAGAAGAUCUACUAGAAUCAAAAGACCAACAGUUUCUAGUGAGUAUGAAGUGUAUUUGCAAGAAUCAGAUUAUAACAUUGGAGCCGAAAAUGAUCCUGAAACAUUUUCACAAGCCAUGAGUUCUAAGGAAUCAAAUUUAUGGCAUAAUGCUAUGAAAGAUGAGAUGGAUUCUAUGACAUUUAAUCAAGUCUAG